UUAUUGACCGCUGACGCAGCCGAGCAGCUGCUGUCACUGCGGAUUCAGGAUCUGCGGAGAAUCGCAAGUGAGAGAGCAGGGUGCGGGUUAUAAUUUCUGCAAGUAGAAGAAAACUUGAGACUUUGUCACAGGAGGCAUUUAAAAAAAAAAAAAACGAGGGGACUGGUUGCUAGAAUUUUUUUUUUUUUUUUUGUACGUCUUCGUUUUUUUAAAUAAAAGUUGAAGAAUAAUGUCUGGGAGAGGUAAAGCUGGAGGUAAAGCGAGGGCCAAAGCCAAGUCGCGUUCCUCCAGGGCAGGGCUGCAGUUUCCCGUGGGUCGAGUGCAUCGCUUGCUGAGGAAAGGCAAUUACGCGGAGAGGGUGGGGGCCGGCGCGCCUGUCUAUCUGGCCGCGGUUCUGGAGUACCUGUCGGCUGAGAUCCUGGAGCUGGCCGGGAACGCCGCCCGGGACAACAAGAAAACCCGAAUCAUCCCGCGUCACCUGCAGCUGGCCAUCAGAAACGACGAGGAGCUCAACAAGCUGCUAGGAGGUGUGACCAUCGCGCAGGGGGGCGUCCUGCCCAACAUACAAGCCGUCCUGCUCCCCAAGAAAACGCACACCUCCAAGAAGUAAACCCGGCCCCAUCCACCAGCAGCUCCAGCACAGACUCUUCUGCUGCUGAGUAGCGCUAGGAGUCUUACUAAAUCAUUGCAAGACAGAGCUAUCAAAACAAAGACAAUGUGUGCUUUGUAGCCCUUCUGUUUCAGAUUUUCUUCACCUGGUGUUUGCACCACACACAGUAUGCGCUGUGCUUUUAUGCUGUAUUUGGAAUUAUUAUUAUGGCGAAUAUAUGUAGUAAUAUAUGUAGAUGAUACAUAGCUGUAUAGAUAUUUUUAAGAAAUAUUAAUCAUGGAAGCUGUUCCAAGUUGUAAUUUGGCAAAGAGCAAUGGAAACAUGUAGGGAACGUUACUGGAAAACUUAUAUAUACAUGACUUUGAGUGUAGUAUAUAGAGUAAGCAGAGCUCAAACUUAGCAGACUUCCCAAGGAGCCCUUAUAAAAGUGUUACCAUAGUAAAAGCAUAGAAAAGUGGAAUAAAGCAUACUGCAUGCGUGGUAAAGCAAAGCUAAGCGUUGUUAAGCCUAGUGCAGAGUAUUUAAAAACAUGACAGAUACGUAAGAUAACCAGGGAGCUGCAAGCACCAGCUGAGAGGCUGGGACUGCACUUCAAUUGUAUUUUACUAGACAAAAAAAGAAAAACCUUAAGCAAAAAGCUAUUGGGCUUGAAAUCCAGUUAGCUUAUUGUUUUAUUGCUGCUUAUUAAAAUGUGUUGGAAAAGGCAAUGCAUACAAAAGAAUUUAACAGACAGGACCAGGCUGUGAGCGAGACAAACCACCUCGCUGUGCUCACUUAAAAGAUCAAUUUGUGUCACAGGAGACGACAUCCAGUCUUCUGCACUGGGCUUUGGUUUGCUGAACAGAAAUGUUACAGAGUGUGAAAUGUACUGUAUUUACUGUGAUCAGUUUUGAUGAGACAUUUGAGACGAUGCCUACCCACACACCCAAAAUAAUGACACAUGGCUUCAAAAUAAAACCAGCCAGAGCCUGCAGAAAUCCCUGCCAGAAUCAUGAAGAGUUUGUUUGAAUUCAAUAUGCAGUUUGCUUUGCAUGUUUGAAGAGAUGGAUAGACCUUCAGCCAGUGAGACAGUGAAACUGACCGGGUCUCAAAGGGUCUUCACUGCUGUGUAGAUAGCCUCUACUGAAUUUACACUUUUUGUUGUGUGAAGUGAAAAUCAAACUGCUAUGGGACCCCAUUCUGAAGGAUUCAAAUAAUUGUACCAUUUUUGAACUAGCAAGAAAGUACCCCGAACCAGAACAAUAAUAAU